UUCCGGGGUUCGAUGACGACGAAAAGAACGAGGUGUUCGCCCCGACGAUGUUACGACACAACGAAGGUCUCAACGAAAAGAAACUGAAGAAGAAGUUUCGAAACUACGAUGUUCAGAGUCGACAGAGACAAGCAGCGAACAUGAGGGAACGUCGUCGUAUGCAAAGCAUCAACCGAGCGUUCGAGGGCCUCCGCCACCGCGUUCCAACGCUGCCGUACGAAAAGCGAUUGUCGAAGGUGGAUACCCUAAAGUUGGCCAUCGGCUACAUAAGAUUCCUGCAGGAAAUGCUGUCCAGCGAAGGUUCGCAGCUGACGAACAACAGCCAAAAAAGUAUGACCAGUAGGUCAAGUGAACGCCCUUCGAACGAUGCUCAAAGAGACAACGGAAACGACAACUAUAACAAAGUUAUUAUCGACUGUCAUACGGGAAAUUGCAAGGACACCGAUGGACAGCUGCCUGUCCGUGGUCACUCGCUGAGUUGGAAUCGGCGAGAUACUGAGAUCAGUGCAAGCGGUACACUGACCGCCAAACUAUGGAUCCCUCAACCUUGUCAAUUUCCGCCUCAAGCACGACCAAGGAGUAGCGGUCAGCAACGCGUCUUCACCGUCGAUACUUAGCG